GUCUCUUCCAUAAACUGUUUCCCUCCUCCUUUCUCGGAAUUGUUUAGAUCCCUCCUCUUUCAUUAUCUUCCAUUAGCUGUGUCCCACCUCCCUCUUUCCUAAACUAUUUUCCUCUUCUCUUUCCCAGUUACUCCUCCUACCCCCUUCUCUUAUCCCCAAUAGAACACACAUUUACAUUACUCAUUGACAGUGAUAAAUGUCCCCACUUGUCACAGCAUUGUUUAUUAACCUGUAAUUGUACCCAAUGUCCCUCUUGUUAUUUAUUCUCCUAUUACCACUAAUCCCCUUGUUUCUGAAUCUGCUCUCUGAAUGCUUCCUAUUCAACUACUAAUUUCUUAUUUACAAAACUUUUAUGGUUUUCCAGACUCAGGGUCCCCUGGUCUGUCCUAUACUCCCUUCCCCCUCUCCUGUCGCCCAGGCUUGGUUGCCUUGCAUUUCCCAGCUUGUUCCUCUGCUUCCUGGUACCUAUGUCCCUUUAAGAGGCAGAGCUCUAUGCUGGGAAUACACGUCAGUUUCAGGACUUGAACACUAAGAUCAAUGAGCCGGAGGGAAGGAGGGGGAGAUCUCACUUCUGCCUUUUAGUUUCUCUCUUCCAGGAAGGAAAACAGAAAAAAAAACCUGAGAUCCCAAAACACAAGAAACAAUCACACUAGAUCUACAGGACCCUACAAACAGCGAGUGACACCAAGAUCCUAAUACCCUGAUUUGUAAAGCUGGACAUUUGGACAUCACCAACACCCAUGGGUGCAAUGUGCUAACUUGCAGCUACACGGGAUUCCUGGGAAGUUAGGGGGAUUGGGGGGCAACCCCUCACUGCCCCCCUUACGUACCCCAAACAGAGGAUCUUUUUAUUUUAAUUUCUGGCAAUGUCUUCUUCUGCCCAGUGUUACAUUAAGGAUAUCUGAGAUAUGUCACUGUACCACCAGUACACGGGUGACCCUGCAGAGAGUGGCAGCUUCUGGCCUUGAUACCAUCUACAUGCAGAAGCAGGAGCAGAUUUCCUUUUCACCCCCAGAGAGCCCAGGGCAAAACUGCACCACAUCCUCCCCCUCCCCACUCCAUGCCCCCGGGCUGCGAGCUUACAGGAUGGAAGAGGACGCUGUCAGGCUGCCGGCACACCUGCGUCUUCCCCCUGUACACUGGACCAGAGAGGACGUGUCACAGUGGUUGCGCUGGGCAGAAAAUGAAUUCUCAUUGCAUCCCAUUGACAGUAAUACAUUUGAAAUGAAUGGAAAAGCCUUGUUGCUUCUAACAAAGGAAGACUUCAAAUACCGCUGCCCGCACUCAGGUGAUGUAUUGUAUGAAGUACUGCAGCACGCACUGAAGCAAAGGAAAUCCCGUCUUAUCCACUCAUCAUUUUAUCACACUGGAAACUCGCUCCAUAGUCAGUCCGAGGCCUUAAUAUCACACAAUCACCAUGAAGAUCACCUUCCACACAGACCUCCAAGAACACCUUCUGAUGUCCCACUACAGAAUACCCCUACCAUAGAAUUGCUGCACCGCUCCCGGUCACCCAUCUCCUCUAACCACCAUGCUUCCCCUGACCCAGAACCUCGACCACUGCGUUCCCCUUUGGACAACAACCUCAGACGACCCUCCCCCGCUGAGCGCUUACAUCGCCUGCAAAGUGACAACAACCAUCAUACUCAAGAUCCUUACCCAUUGUCUGUUUCUCCUGCUGAAGCUAAUCACUGCCCAGCUGAGCCCCUUCCCAAACCAGGCAGCCCAAGACAGGAGACUCCAAGGGUCAUCCAGCUAAUGCCUAGUCCUAUCAUGCACCCAUUAUUGCUCAAUACAAGACAUCCUGUGGAGUUCAAGCAACCACGGCUGACAGCAGAAGAUGGACAACCAAGGGAGGGAAAGCCUAUGAAUCUAUCUCACCGUGAGGAUAUGGCAUAUAUAAAUCAUAUUAUGGUGUCUGUGUCAUCUCCCGAAGAACAAGCCAUGCCAAUAGGCAGAAUAGCUGACUGCCGGCUGCUAUGGGAUUAUGUGUACCAGCUAUUGUCCGAUAGCCGAUAUGAGAACUUCAUCCGCUGGGAGGAUAAAGAAUUGAUGGUUUUUAGAAUCAUUGACCCCAACGGGCUGGCACGCCUGUGGGGAAAUCACAAGAACAGAACAAACAUGACGUACGAGAAGAUGUCCCGUGCCCUUCGCCACUACUACAAACUCAACAUAAUUCGCAAAGAACCUGGUCAGAGGCUGCUAUUCAGGUUCAUGAAGACGCCAGAUGAGAUUAUGAGUGGGAGGACAGACCGUUUGGAACACCUGGAAUCUCAGGAGCUGGAUGAACAGAUAUAUCAAGAGGACGAGUGCUGAUAGUAAUCUCCCACUGUGCAUUAACUACAGGAGGGUACAGAAGCUGUGCUGUACAAGAAGAGGCAAAGAGAGGACCUAUCUUGUGGGUGAAUAUCGUCCUCCACACUGGAAGUCUGCCUUGCACUAGGGUAUUGGGGACAUGAUUUGGGCUGUGUGGAAUGUACUGGUUGAGCAAUAAGGCUUUUGGAUUCAUCAUGGAGAUAUAUAAAGAAACAAAGUGAAUAAUGCAAGGCUUGUGCAGUACAGCUGAGACGCAGUUAUUUUCAGUGGGAUGGAUGAGCAGGAUACUUAUGGGGAAAGGACCUCUGAGUGUUUGCAUAUAUAAUGACAUAUAUCAAUCACUGGAAAUGUGUCCCAUCAGCAACUGAUAACAAUUUACAGUUGGACAACCCUUAUUUGUUCCAUGUUAUCUAUUCCAGGGCUAGACAUUGUGUGUGUGUGGGGGGGGGUAAUUAUUUUUCGUCACCUCAUCAAGAUGCUGUAUUUGCACUAGAGACAAUAAAUCUUCACCUUGAGACAUCACGUUUAGCCUUUUGACGCAUCUUCAGCCUUUGAUGCCAUUUCCUGUUUUAUCAUCUAAAUCAAUGGUUUCUAUAUCUCUUGUGAGCUCACAUUUUCAUACCAAAUCUACUGUCAUGUAGUUCAGCGGAACUGUUAUACUCGAUGAAAUUUCUUGAUCUUUGGCUCAUCCUGAAUUGCCAUUAUUAAACAUAAAAAAAAACCUAAAAACUUUUAUUUUCUCAAAGAGAACUUUUAAUAAAAUAACUUAGAUGUUUUGGUGGAGUGAACUAUCUGACAACGAAGGGACACAAUGUAUAUCAUUUUAUUUUAGUCACAAGUUUUUUUGUUUUUAACAGUUGAUCGUUCUGUAAACAAUAAUAUCUUUACUUCACUGUGCCACUAAAGGAUGAGUCUGCAGAUUUA